CGCUCCUGGUCGGCAGGUUGUCGCGCGUGCAGGAGUUUGCUUUGCGCUGUGCGCGCGACCGCCGGCGCAACUUCCCCCGCACAGCAGCGCAGCUCGCGCACCGCCGUCACCUCCACACCUUAACCAACUUUUCAGGACACACACACACACACACACACACACACACACACACACACACACACACACACACACACGGAAUAAUCUGCGUGGAGAAAUCUUCACGGUUCAGGAUCGGAUUCAUAGUUGGCGCCUGGAAGGAAAAGGCUGUGUGACUGUAGCACUGCUUCUCCAGCAUCUUCAUCAUCUUCAUCUUCUUCAUCCUGAUCUUCUUCUUCUUCACCUUCUUCUCAGAAUCUGCGGUGCAACACGGAAAUUUAUAACAUGUCGGGCAAAUUUCUGCUCCAUGUCGUACUUCUGUGCGUGUUGCAUGCGUGUUUUCAAACUGUGGCGUCUGAAGAUGAGGAGUACGACGACGUGACCGUCAGUCAGAUGCUGUCGCCCAAAAAGAACGAGAUGGAUGCCACGCAGAUCCUGAACAACCUCCUGAAGGAGUAUGAUAAGAAGCUCCGCCCAGACAUUGGAGUUAAACCGACUGUCAUCGAUGUCGAUAUCUUCAUUAACAGCAUCGGACCUGUCUCAUCCAUAAACAUGGAGUAUCAGAUCGACAUCAUCUUUGCUCAGACGUGGACAGACAGUCGGCUCAGAUACAACAGCACCAUGAAGAUAUUAACUCUGAACAGUAAUAUGGUGGGACUGAUCUGGCUUCCGGACACAAUCUUCAGAAACUCCAAGAACGCAGACUCGCAUUGGAUCACGACACCCAAUCAGCUACUCAGGAUAUGGAAUGAUGGGAAAAUACUUUAUACUCUCAGGCUGACUAUAAACGCUGAGUGUCAGCUGCAGCUCCAUAACUUCCCCAUGGAUGAACACUCCUGCCCACUCAUCUUCUCCAGCUAUGGAUACCCCCGAGAUGAAAUGAUAUACAAGUGGAAGAAGAAUUCAAUAGAAGCAGCAGAUCAGAAAUCCUGGAGACUUUAUCAGUUUGACUUCAUGGGGCUGAGGAACACCACAGAUGUCCUCAAGACCACAUCAGGUGACUAUGUGGUGAUGACGGUUUAUUUUGACUUGAGCAGAAGGAUGGGUUACUUCACCAUCCAGACCUACAUCCCCUGCAUCCUGACCGUCGUCCUCUCCUGGGUCUCCUUCUGGAUUAAAAAAGAUGCAACACCAGCCAGAACUGCUUUAGGAAUAACCACAGUGUUAACCAUGACCACGCUGAGCACAGUGGCCCGGACAUCGCUACCCAGAGUCUCCUACGUCACCGCCAUGGACCUCUUCGUCACCGUCUGUUUCCUCUUUGUGUUUGCGGCUCUCAUGGAGUACGCGACGCUCAACUAUUACUCGUACAGUGUUCGCAGGCCGCUCUGUAACAAGACAAAACGACCGAACUACUCUGUGCUGGAUGUAGGACCUCCUCCUACAGUCAUCACUCUGAACAACUCCAUGUACUGGCAGGAAUUUGAUGAUGCCUGUCUAUACGAGUGCCUGGAUGGGAAAGACUGCCAGAGCUUCUUCUGCUGCUAUGAAGAAUGCAAGGGAGGAGCCUGGAGGAAGGGCAGAGUCCACAUAGACAUUUUGGAACUGGACGCGUAUUCGCGCGUAUUCUUUCCCACCUCUUUCUUGUUGUUUAACAUCGUCUACUGGGUAGGCUACCUCUAUCUUUAGCAAUCCACUCGUUUCCUUUUAGAAGACUCCGAGGACGUAAGACAAUGAUGGCACGGAGACUUUCAAAGGUACGGUCAAGAGGAAUGGAAACAGUUUUUGUUUAGUCAAAAGACCUUUCCAGUAGGUUGGGAAACAUAAAAAAAUAACACUUUGCCAUAACAAAGUUAGAAGCAGAUACUUUCCAAGCCCUUAAGCUAAGGAGUCCGGCUCUUUCUACACAGUCGGAAGUCCACAGGCUUUUUGUCUGGUAGCAUUUCCCUGCCAGAAGUCUUUGCCUUUGUUCUUCAGGUACCAAGGAAAAAAAAAUUCACUUAACACAGAAAUGUGGUGAUUUCAAUGAUGAGAAAGUCACAGUACAAGUGGAUACAGCUGCUCUGAUGAUGGGGUGGGAAAACCUUGCAUAGCACAGCAUGCAAACCCAUGAAGUCCGAAUACAAAGGUGGCUUUAAAAAGAUAAGGCCAGCGAUCAGUCAAAACCAGGGUGUGGUAAAGAGAAGCAUUCAGAGCCAUCCAUAGUGCCUUCUUCUGGAUGGGGUAUCUACUGUACCUGCCUGAGAGAGAGCAGGAUCGGUUUCAGAGACGGGUUCAGCUCUCGGUUUUGACUGAGCGCUCACAUGCUCUCUCUCUCUGAUUUUCCCAGCUUUUGGUUACGACUUAUUUUCAACGAAGUCAUCUCUAAAAAUUGAAGUUCCUGUCAUUGCAUGCUAAUUAUUCUAAUCUUAAUCUCCACUUUAAAUCUUCACAGCAAUUUUAGUACAGCAAAAGUAGGUUUUAUUGGAGUAUCAUAUCAUAGGCUAAUUGUUUAGGAAUUAAACCUUUUCCUAUAUUCUAUUUAUAUUUAGGAACAUUUUAUAGUAGAAUUUUUUUUCCAACACAAACGGAAGCAAAGGUUUUGAAAAAAAGCUUAUUUAAACUUGUAAAUUUUAAUCCGUUACAAUAAUAACUGCAUGUGUUAUAAUAGCUUAUAUCAUCCCUAAUCCAAGUUUAUCUUUGGGCCAGAGUUGGCAGUUGGACUCAUUAGGGGGGAGAAUUUUAGGCCCUGAGUUCACCGUGCGAUUAUAUAUAAAAAAAAAAAGAUUCUUGAUGCAUCUCGAUUCUAUAAAUGAAGCUACAGACUUCAGUGCUAUUCAGGAGUUAAGUGCGUUACACACGUUAGGGCGGAGUUUGUCUAAAAAAAAGAGGCGUGUCUCAGUUACAUUUUUUGGCCCCUCGCUCGUGGCUCGAGAGGUUUGAUAGGAAAUUGAAAUUUAUGUUUGAGUGGAAAAAGAUGUUUAUUAACUAAAAAUAUUAUAUGUUGAUAAUUGAUUUGUUUUCCUACAGAAGGUUAAAUGUUGUUCAGUUCAAUUCAGAAAUAUUUAAUUCAACAUUCAAUAAACUUCU